ACGAAUCAAGCCGCCCGCGAAACAAAUCACAUGGCGGCUGGAGAGCUGAUGCAGUUUGAAAUGUCUGGGAGCAUAAGACUCGGAUCACCGGACGAUGAUGCCUCCACUGAUUUAGAAGCCCCUCUGGUGCAGGAAAUUGCGCAACAAGACAAUAUGCACUACUCCGAAACAAUCUCAACCAUCCUCGGACGGCAUCAACCACCGGAAAUCUCAACCACCACGGCCGGGGUCUUCACCGUCAUUUCAGCCACCUCCGCAUUCUCAAAGUGGCGCCCCAACGCAAUCCCCACCUCCGUCCAUUUCGACUGCCGGUCCAUCCAAUGGUCACUCAAAUACAUCCUUCUCACCGUUCCGCUGCUACAUGCAAAGAACUCAUCAAACCGGGCUGGGCCAUCCAAGGUUUGCGGAUCAUCCGCGGCCCAAGAAGAGCCCAAUGCCAACCACGUCCUCGCGGAGCGACGCCGGAGAGAGAAGCUCAACGAGCGGUUCGUCGUCCUCAGGUCCCUAGUGCCUUUCGUCACGAAGAUGGACAAAGCCUCCGUCCUCGGAGACACCAUCAACUACGUCAAACACCUGCACGAGAGAGUAAAGGAGCUGGAGUCGAUGGCAGAAAAGGUCCGCUCUGGAGUUGACCACCACUCAAUCCCGUCUGCCCGGAUAAGCGGGGUCCACUACGAUAGGAUUGACCAGCGGUCAAUCCAUCAUACCAAUAUAAGUGGGGUCCUCCGCUUUGGGAUUGGCAGUCAGCCAAUCCCGGAAAAAGAUGGGGUCCACGCUGGGAUUGAUUGUCUAUCAAUCCCAUAUGUCCACAGAGGUGGGGUCCACGAGAUCGAGACCGGGCGUGGUGGGAAUGAAACGGGGACGAGGGCGGGGGCGGUGGAGGUUUCUAUAAUCGAGAGGGAUGGGCUGGUGGAGUUGAGGUGCAGCUACAGGAAGGGUUUACUACUGGAGGUGAUGCAGAUACUUGGGGAGCUUGGGCUUGAGAUCACAGCCGUCCAAUCUUCUAUCAAUGGUAGGAUCCUUUUUGCAGAAUUGAGAGCUAAGAUAAAAGAGAAUUCAAGAGGCGGGAGGGCAAGUAUUAUGGAAGUGAAGAAAGCAAUACAUCGUAUAAUUCCUCGUCAAUCUUAGCUAUGAAACAUUAUAUAUCAUAUGCUCGUGAGAGUUGUGGGGU